AAAACCUGGUGUGAUCCUUCUACUAAUUUUGUGUGCUGAAAAAUAAAAAUAAAUGUAUCAUUUUACAGACGACAACCCUACAAUAUUAGACAAGUUUGCAGUCCUGCACAUAGAUGACUGUGGAGUUACUGUGGAAAAAGUGUCUGAGGUCACAUCGUUCCAUGUCAAGCUGUGUGAGCCAACUUUCUCUCUGAAAAUGGUCCUGGUGAAACGUGGCUGGUCAGUGGAAAUAGACUGCAGGGUGUUCGUACACAAGACCAACAGACCAUUCCUCAAACUCCAUGUUUACCUGAUCCCACCUGACCCUGCUCUGAAAGAGGAAUUGGACAAGAAGAAAAACUCCUUUGGCUAUGAAGAAAUCCCAUUGCAACAUCCAAAGAAGCCUCUGAAGAUGAAUGAUUGGCUCAUCCUUACAGCACAUUUGGAUGGCAAAGAAAUGGCUUCUGAUUCAUUACAGCUCAUAUAUCAAAGCAUGGAGCCCAACUUCUACAAAUUGUUUAUUGAGAAUCCAGACAAAGACCUUGUGCUCCAGCUGAAACGGGAAAAUGAGCAUCCUGUAUGGACUGAGAAAAUUCUAAAAGAAGAAUACCAAAGCACAGGCCCUGUAAAAGCCUCAGGGGAGCACUUUGUGGAUAAACAUCGAGUGAAACUGAUCGAGAGAGUGAGCAACCUUGCAGCCAUUUUGGAUGAUCUCCUCGACAAAAAAGUCAUCCAACAAGGGGUUUAUGCAGAAAUCUGUGCGAAAUGUACAGAUGAGGACAAGAUGAGGGCACUUUACUCUGGUCCCCUGAAAGCUGGUGAAACCUGCAAGGACAUCGUCUACAAAAUCCUUGUGAAAAAUGAGCCACUUCUCAUUCAGGAGCUUGAGAAGUGAAUAAUGUAGUGGAAUCUUUUUUGGUUACGCUAUACAUAACAGACAAUUGUUAUUACAAUUGCUCUGCAGUUAUGGUGUCAUUCUUCCUAUAUAUACAUAUAUA